AUGUCAAAUCACCUUAAGUUUGACAUCUACAACUUGGAUUUAACAAAUAUUCAAAACGAUUCCCAUCUCAGAUUCUUUCUUCUCGGGAUGUCUAGCCGAGCAGUAAUUCUGGUAGAGGACAUAGAUUGCUCUUUCAAGUUAAAAAACUGGGAUUUGCCAGAGGAUCAAACGCAAACACAAGGAGAUCAUAGUGGUAAGGUAACACUGUCAGGACUGUUGAAUUUUGUUGAUGGAUUUUAUUCAUGCUGUGGAGAAGGAAGAAUCAUGAUAUUUACGACCAACUACAAAGAAAGACUUGACCCAGCUUUGCUGAGACCUGGUAGAAUGGACAUGCAUAUUUGCUUGUCAUACUGCAAUGCUUCUGUUUUUGACCAGCUUGCAUUUAACUAUCUGGGGCUUCACCACCAUCAUCUGUUUGAUGAGAUCAAACAGUUGAUAGAAGUGAUCGAGGUCACUCCAGCAGAAUUGGGUGGGAGUUGA